AUGCCAUUUGCAACGCUUAAAAAGAACGCCAAAUGGGAAAUCGCCGAUGCAAAAGCAAACAAAGAUGGCCUACGACACACAGUGUACCAAGUGAACGGUGAUCAGUACCGUGGUGAAUGGAAAAACAACAAACGACAUGGGCGGGGAACAUACAAGUGGAACAGGAGCGGGGUUUUAUACGAAGGCGACUGGGAAGACGGAAAAAGGAGUGGCUACGGUGUUCUGAGUGUAUUGAACAGUGCUGGGAAGCAGGUAAAAGUCUAUUGUGGAGAAUGGAAACACGACAAACGCCAGGGAUAUGGACAAAAUUGGUAUUCAGAUACUGAGAUUUACGAAGGCGAAUGGUGUGCGGACAAACGGUGGGGGUGGGGACGCAUGCUGUACGCUGAUGGGAGUAUUUACGAGGGCCAGUGGGUGGACGACCUUCGAAAUGGUGAUGGAAUGUUGCGCCUACCCAAUCAAAACAGAUUCGAAGGCAAAUGGGUAAACGAUAAGAAAAAUGGCCGCGGGAAGUAUUUCUUUCUCGGAACAGGACAACUAAUGGAAGGCAUAUGGGUAGAUGAUGUGCCGAAAUGUUGUCAAAUGGCCGAUCUUGGCAGAGAACUGGCACCACAACGUACACAAUUUGAGAUCCCCGAGAUCAAACUGGAAGAUCCCAACGCCGUGCUGCGUGAGACUCAAGAGAAACUCUUGGAGCAACUAUCCAAAUGA